AAGUGCGUGGUGGGGAGGAAGUGGGCGCGGGUAUAUAUUGUAGGGUCACAGGUAGGGCCGCGCCUCUGUAGCCCAUCGAGUACAGGAGACAGGAGCCAUGACGGACGAGAAGAAGGUAAAGAAGAAGAAGAAGGUGAAGGAGGAGGAGCCCGCCCCCGCCCCAGAGCCAGAGCCAGAACCUCCCGCACCGGCCCCAACACCCACCGUCACUCCUGCCUCCUCCAAACCCUCCUCCAGGAAGACAUCGUCGAGGAAAGCUAAGAAGACCGGCUCUAAUGUCUUCGAUAUGUUCACCCAGCGGCAGGUGGCCGAGUUCAAGGAAGGCUUCCAGAUGAUGGACAAGGAUAAGGACGGCAUCAUCGGCAAAAGUGAUCUGCGUCAGGUGUUCGACGAGGUGGGAAGGAUCGCGACAGACAAGGAACUAGAUGACAUGUUGGCUGAGACUCCCAACCCAAUCAACUUUACCAUGUUGCUCCAGAUGUUCGCCGAGAGAAACACAGGAGAGUCAGAUGAUGACGACGUUGUGGCCGCCGCCUUCAACGCCUUCAGCAAGGAUGGAUGGAUCGAUGGUGACAUGUUCCGCCACGCCCUGAUGACCUGGGGAGACAAGUACUCGGUCCAGGAAGUUGACGAUGCGUUUGACCAGUUCGAGAUGGAUGACCAAGGCUUCAUUGAUACGGCCGCUAUCAUCCAACUACUGACGGGUGCCAAGAGUGAUAUGGAUAAUGAGGCCGAGGCAGUGUGAGGUUGACUAUUGACCACUUUCACAACGAAUGGGCGUGGUGUAAACUUGCAACCUUCACCCUUAUUGGUCAGAGGCAACUCUUCGUCGCUUGUGGGAGGGGUCAAACACUCCCUCUUACUUGUUCAUUGGUCCCUUCAACCCUUGUGUCGUUCCAGUUCACGUUAAGGAGACAGGGACAGUACAGUAUCUCCAUGAUCUCUCGCUCCAACGAAGACGAUAUAAACCCCAUCAUCACAUAAGCCUCUUGUCCCUCCUUAUUUUUAUAUCCCCCUAAACCUCACUUUUCUUCGUAAAAAAAAAUUUCUGUUUAUUAUUUUGUAGGAGAUUCUUGCGUGUCAAUUCCAUGCAACAAGAUCACAGCCCUCGGUAAGGCAGCUCACAUGUUCUAGGGAGUAUCGGAUCGCGUGUAUACUGUAUAUCCAUAUGGGCACAAAAACAAAACAAAACAGAGACCAGAUGGUUAACAAGAGGCAGACAAAUGGCUAGAGAGGACAGUGAAGGAUGAAGCUGGGCUCACUUUACCUCUCGGAAUUCCUCGCCUCACUGUUGUCACUCACUGCGGGGCUCAAUCACUGUCACGCUCACUAAGGGGGCUCAGGUAGACGGCGCCACAUUAAUAAAUCUUCUUACAGCUGAAGUUGUCGAUAGUACCUUCUGAGUCUUGAGCCAUUUGUGCACGUCUGUCGUAAAAAAAUAAACAUAAUAAAAAUG